AUGGCAACUGCAAAGGCCACCAAUGCAGCUCCGGCUGCGCCAGCCCUACCGCCAAAUGUCUCAAUUUUCACACCCAAAAAGUCCAGCGCAGCCGAAGCCCUGCUCAACGGAAGCAUCUUCACCAGACUCACAGUCACCGACAAGACCGAGCCAGCACAAAUAUCGACAGCACUGACCAAGGCCAAGAUUGACGAAAGCUUCUGCCUCACACACCACAAUGUCAUACUGAUCUUUGACGAAGACCAGGAGACGCAUCAUGAACACUUUCGUCAAGUCUGUCUUGCGUUAAAGGAUGCGGACAUCGGCCUCAGCGUUGCGGGCUGUGUCCACGAUGCUACGGAGGUCUUGCAGGCGGGCUUUCAACUGGACACGUUGAGCUCGGGAUCGAUUCUUGUCAUUGACUUGAUGGGUGGAGACGAUGAUGAUUCGGAUGAUGAGGAGGCUAGUCUUGCAGCUUUGCUGAAAGGAGAGUCUGGCACGGCCAUUUGA